AUGAAGCCCUCGAUAGACGACGCCAAGCGGCGGGGCGAUCACCGCUUGAGCGCGAGCAUGCGGCCUACUACCUCUACACAUAGAUACUCCUCCGAUCGCCUGCCCGAGCGCUUCAAGGAUGGCGAUGAUGCUCAGGUUGACUAUACUGCACCGCCCGGGCAUGGGCUCUCGGGAUGGCAACGUUCACUACAUGCAGCAGUCGCUUUUUGGCAUGAUCGCCGCAGUCGGCUCUCGGUCCGACUUUCGCGCCUGCAAGCCGAACAGACUCGCCCGACCGACUCCAACCCGGCAAAAGUGCAGAAGCAAAGGCUCCAGAUGGGAGUCGAGGGCGACAACAUCGAAGAACAACGUCUGAGAACAAACUAUUGCGGAAAGUUCCGGGGUUUGGGUCGAAAAGAAAGAACAGACGAUCCGUCCAACCUCAGUGCAUCGACCCUCACAAUCCAGCCAAGACGCACACGCAGUGCCACGCCACGAGCCGCUCCAAUUCUCACCCGCAUGGUGCAAGCACAGAGCCGUUUCGAUAAUGCCACUUCAACAGAAAUCACACCCUCGAGGCCGGAAACCCCAAAUGAAGACCGAGAAGAAUCUUCUAUACCUGCGCUCUCUAUUCGACUGAUGGAAAUGUUUGGGUUUGAGAGACCGGAGAAGGUCCUAGUGGAGUAUGCUUGCUCCUUCCUGCAGAGCAUGCUUCUUCCGGGCUACAUGUAUGUCACAGAAGGGCAUAUUUGUUUCUAUGCAUAUCUCCCAAAGAAGUCCAGCGAGCCUAGCAAGUCCGGCUAUGUUUCGAAGCGCGGCCGAAAGAACCCCAAGUACAAUCGCUAUUGGUUUGUCUUGAAAGGCGAUGUCUUUUCAUAUUAUGCCGACCCCUCAAAUCUUUACUUUCCAAGUGGCCAUGUGGAUCUGCGAUAUGGAAUAUCGGCUUCUCUGUUGGAGCCAAAGACUGAUGGCACUGAUGCGAAGGACUUCCAGGUCACCACGGAUCAACGAACUUAUUACUUCAGAGCAGAUAGCGCUACCAGCGCCAAGGAGUGGGUGAAGGCGCUACAAAAAGUCAUCUUCCGAUCCCAUAACAAGGAAGAUAGCGUCAAGAUCUCAUUCCCAAUCGAGAACGUGAUUGACCUAGAGGAAAGCCCAAUGGUUGAAUUUGCAGAGACCUUCAAAGUUCGGGUGAUUGAUAGCGCAGAAACAUUCGCCAUCGAUGAAGUAAGCCCGCGUGUUCCACCUUCCUCUAAAUACUUGCUAACCUCUUCGAAGUAUUUCUUUUCCUUCUUCAAUUCGGGACAGGACGCUUUCAAUUAUCUCAGAAGCUUGGUGACCUCGUCUCCUGCGAAAAAUAUGCAAGAAGAAUCCCCCAACAAAAGCGAUGGUAAAGGUCGACUAGUGUCGAGUACUUUCGACAUGGCGCAUUCACGAAGACGCAGUGUUAGUGUCGACAACGAUUUGAAAGGCUCUGCAGACUCAUUCGCCCAUUCUGCCGACCAAGGGACAGAAUCAUCGCGUGUCGUACAAUCGCUAACGGAAACAACGGAAUCUGCAAGCCAGAUACUCAACCGAAGUGAUGUCUUUCAAUCUCCAACCAUGCAUUCUUUGCCCAGGCGCUCAUCUGAUGUGGGGGAAGUCGCCCGACGCCGGUCGGAUGAUACAGCUCGCUCUGCAACAGCUAGAUUGAGCCAUGCCGCUCACUUAGCUGGAUCAAACUACCAGGACAGGAAUGACGAAAACAUCCCUUUCGUGUCGGGCUCUGAGAACCAGCAGAUGAUGCAUUCCCAAUACCACUCGAAUGUACCUCUUAAUGAUCUUGUCAAAGCCGGCGCAUACCCGCUUCAACGAGCUGCUGGAUUCGCAGAAUACUUGAGAAGUAGGUCUAAGCAGAUGAGUAGUCUGCUGGCCACAGAAUCAAUGGGUUACAUCGAAAAGGUGUCCGGAAUGUGGGCUGGUGGUCAAAGGCAUUAUGGCGAGACAGAAGAAGUGCUGCCCGAUGACAAGACUGCGGAUCCCGAAGACCAUGAAAGUGGCUUAAAUCAUGGCGAUCGUUUCCGCGGGCACUUUGGUCUUCCUACAACCGAGAGAUUACAAGCGACAUACUAUGCAUACUUGCACCGGGUGCUCCCGCUCUACGGGAAGAUAUACCUCAGCGAAAGGAAGCUAUGCUUCCGCAGUCUGAUUCCUGGCACUCGAACCAAGAUGAUUCUCCCUCUAAGAGACAUUGAGAAUGUCGAGAAAGAAAAGGGAUUCCGAUUUGGAUAUCAUGGACUAGUCGUCAUCAUUCGCGGUCACGAGGAGCUGUUUUUUGAAUUCAAGAGCGCUGGCGCUAGAGACGACUGUGCCGUCACCUUGCACCAAGACCUCGAAUCGGUCAAAUUCCUCAUGGAAUCAGGUAUGCUAGCAGAAGAAGAACGCGAAGAGGUUGAAGCUGCGAAAGAUGAGCAUCGUCUUUUACAAGAAGCUAGACUUGAUGGCCCCGAAGAACACGAUUUCCGGCCAACGCUGAGCGAAGAUUCGUCUGAAGUGAACCCGUUCUUUGACGAUACUCGUGCUUCCAUCAUAAAUUUCAAGCCUACCGAAUCACUCAAAAUCACCUGUCUCACUAUUGGAUCUCGAGGUGAUGUGCAGCCAUAUAUUGCUCUUUGCAAGGGGCUUCUUGCUGAAGGCCACAAGCCAAAGAUCGCGACACACGCUGAAUUUGAGCCUUGGAUUCGGAAACACGGCAUUGACUUUGCUCCUGUAGAUGGGGACCCCGCUGAGCUGAUGAGAAUCUGCGUGGAGAACGGCAUGUUUACCUACUCUUUUCUUCGGGAGGCCUCGGUCAAGUUCAGAGGGUGGAUUGAUGACCUUUUGUCAUCAUCUUGGGCGAGCUGCCAAGGCAGCGAUCUUCUGAUAGAGUCGCCCAGUGCUAUGGCUGGAAUUCACAUCGCAGAGGCUCUUCGAAUUCCCUACUUCCGAGGUUUCACUAUGCCAUGGACAAGGACUCGCGCCUACCCGCAUGCUUUUGCAGUGCCAGAGAAUCGCAUGGGAGGGGCCUACAACUACAUCACCUACGUCAUGUUUGACAAUAUUUUCUGGAAGGCGAUUGCAGGACAGGUCAACAGAUGGCGAAACAAUGAAUUGGGGCUCAAAGGUACCAGUUUGGACAAGAUGCAACCGAACAAGGUUCCGUUCCUGUAUAAUUAUUCGCCUUCCGUGGUACCUCCACCACUCGACUAUCCGGAUUGGAUCCGUAUCACUGGGUACUGGUUCUUGAAUGAAGGCUCCGACUGGACACCCCCUGCUGAUCUGGCAAAUUUCAUCGCUCGAGCUCGUGCGGAUGGCAAAAAGAUCGUGUAUAUUGGAUUUGGGUCUAUCGUGGUCUCGGAUCCUGCCGCACUGACAAAAACCGUCAUACAGUCGGUUCAGAAGGCAGAUGUUCGAUGUAUUCUCUCCAAAGGAUGGUCGGAUCGCCUUGGAGAUCCUUCUAGUGUUAAGGCUGAGGUUCCUCUACCACCAGAGAUUUUCCAGAUCCAAGCUGCACCCCACGACUGGCUCUUCUCGCAAAUCGAUGCGGCUGCCCACCAUGGAGGGGCCGGUACCACUGGUGCCAGCCUUCGAGCCGGCGUACCUACGAUCGUGAAACCAUUUUUUGGUGACCAGUUCUUCUUUGGAGGACGAGUCGAAGACUUGGGCGUUGGUAUCUGUAUGAAGAGACUCAACGUCAGCGUCUUCUCCCGAGCGCUCUGGGAAGCAACGCAUAGCGAAAGGAUGAUCGUCAAAGCACGAAAUAUGGGAAUUCAGAUUCGAAAUGAGGAUGGUGUGGCUACUGCAAUCCAAUCUCUCUACCGUGAUCUGGAGUAUGCCAAGACCCUCGCGAAACAACGCUCAAUCGCUUCAUCUACCCCUUUCUCGCCAACCCCUUCCGCGAGGGCGGCACCGCAUCAUGAUGAUGACGACGAUGAUGACAUUGAGGAAUGGACUUUCGUAUCUGACGUUGAGAAACUGACCCCCGGCAUCUUUAAAUGA